AUGAUAGAAUCAAUUCUCAUUUUAAGUUCAUUUAUUGCAUUGGGGUGUUUAGGCACAUCUUUGAAGCCUUCACCUAUUUAUGGGGGGAUAUGUUUGAUUAUUAGUGGGUGUGCUGGUUGCUUAGCGGUGAUAGGUCUUGGGGGGUCGUUUUUAGGGUUAAUAGUAUUUUUAAUUUAUUUAGGUGGAAUGAUGGUUGUAUUUGGGUAUACAACUGCUAUGUCAGCUGAAGAAUAUCCUGAAACGUGAGUAUCUAGUUGGUUAAUAUUUGGAGUUUUAGUAAUAAGUAUCUUUAUAGAGUUAGGGAUAACAUUUGUAACUAAUUACUAUGAGGGAGUAGAGGUAGUCUUGAAUUUUAAUAGUAUGGGUGGUUGGGUAGUUUAUGAUGGAGAUGAGUUAGGUUUAAUAGGAGAUGGGGGAGCUGGAGUAGCAGCUUUAUACAGUUGUUCUGCAUGAUUAAUAGUAGUAUCUGGUUGAACUUUAUUUAUGGGUAUUUUUAUUAUUAUUGAGAUUACUCGUGGAAACUAA